UGCUGCCGUCACAGCAUGGCGACGCGCGGAGCGGCGGCAGCGAGCGGGGGAGGCAGCGGCAGCAGCGCGGUGGCGGCGGGACGGGGCCGGCGCCGGAGCCGCAGCGGCGCGGAGGAGGCGGAGGAGGCAGCGGUGGCCCCGAGCGGCAGCCCAGAGCUGGUCGGUGGUGCCGUGCAAGGAGCCGCGGCGCUGGGCAUGGGCAGCCCGGAGCCGGCGGCGAGCAGCAGGGGCAGCCCGGAGCCGGCGGCGAGCAGCAGGGGCAGCCAGGAGCCGGCGGCGAGCAGCAGAGGCAGCCAGGAGCCGGCAGUGAGCAGCAGAGGCGGCCAGGAGCCGGUGGCCAGCAGCAGGGGCAGCCAGGAGCCGGCGGCGAGCAGCAGGGGCAGCCAGGAGCCGGCAGUGAGCAGCAGAGGCGGCCAGGAGCCGGCGGCGAGCAGCAGGGGCAGCCCGGAGCCGGCGGCGAGCAGCAGGGGCAGCCCGGAGCCGGCAGUGACCAGCAGAGGCGGCCAGGAGCCGGCGGCCAGCAGCAGGGGCAGCCCGGAGCCGGCGGCGAGCAGCUGGAGCAGCCCGGAGCCGGCAGUGAGCAGCAGAGGCGGCCAGGAGCCGGUGGCCAGCAGCAGAGGCAGCCCGGAGCCGGCAGUGAGCAGCAGAGGCAGCCAGGAGCCGGUGGCCAGCAGCAGGGGCAGCCCGGAGCCGAGAGGCAGCCCGGAGCCGGUGGCCAGCAGCAGGGGCGGCCCGGAGCCGGUGGCCAGCAGCAGGGGCAGCCCGGAGCCGGCGGCGAGCAGGAGAGGCAGCCAGGAGCCGGUGGCCAGCAGCAGGGGCAGCCAGGAGCCGAGGGGCAGCCCGGAGCCGGUGGCCAGCAGCAGGGGCGGCCAGGAGCCGGUGGCCAGCAGGGGCAGCCCGGAGCCCCCAGCCGCGGCGCCGCAGCGCACCCAGCCCGGCUGCUGCGGGCUGCCCGACGCGGGGCCGGCGCAGGAGGCAGCGGAGAGCAGGAAGAGCAGAAGGCAGCCAGUGUCCGCCCCCUGCUGCUCUCGGGAGUGCCGUGAGGAGACCCCUGGCAGAGAAGAAGCCCGUACUGAGCCUCCCGAUGGCCAGCAGGACCCGGAGAGUGAGAAACACAAAGAGAAAACUUUGGGAAAAGAAGUGCUAUUAUUAAUGCAAGCCUUGAACACACUUUCUACUCCAGAGGAGAAGCUGGCAGCUCUGUGCAAGAAGUAUGCUGAUCUGCUGGAGGAGAGCCGAAACGUCCAAAAGCAGAUGAAGAUGCUGCAGAAGAAGCAAGCACAGGUGGUGAAGGAGAAGGUGCACCUGCAGAGCGAGCACAGCAAGGCCAUCUUGGCACGCAGCAAGCUGGAGUCUCUCUGCCGAGAGCUGCAGCGCCACAACAAGACUUUGAAGGAGGAGAACCUGCAGCAGGCGCGCGAGGAGGAGGAGCGGCGCAAGGAGGCCACGGCGCACUUCCAGCUGACGCUGAACGAGAUCCAGGCGCAGCUGGAGCAGCACGACCUGCACAACGCCAAGCUGCGGCAGGAGAACCUGGAGCUGGGCGAGAAGCUCAAGAAGCUGAUCGAGCAGUACGCGCUGAGGGAGGAGCACAUUGACAAAGUCUUCAAGCAUAAGGAGCUGCAGCAGCAGCUGGUGGAUGCCAAGCUGCAGCAGACCACCCAGCUUAUCAAAGAGGCAGAGGAGAAGCACCAGCGGGAGAGGGAGUUUCUGCUAAAAGAAGCUACUGAGUCCAGGCACAAAUGUGAACAGAUGAAGCAGCAGGAGGCUCAGCUGAAGCAGCAGCUUUCUCUUUACAUGGAUAAGUUUGAAGAAUUCCAGACCACUAUGGCAAAAAGCAAUGAACUCUUUACAACCUUCAGGCAAGAAAUGGAGAAGAUGACCAAGAAGAUCAAGAAGCUGGAGAAGGAGACCAUCGUGUGGCGCACCAAGUGGGAGAACAACAACAAGGCUCUGCUGCAGAUGGCCGAGGAGAAAACAGUAAGAGAUAAGGAGUACAAAGGCUUUCAGCUCAAACUGGAGCGUCUGGAGAAGCUGUGCAGGGCCCUGCAGACAGAGAGGAACGAGCUGAACGAGAAGGUGGAGGUGCUGAAGGAGCAGGUGUCCCUGCGGGAGGCAGACGUGGACCUGGCCGUGCAGGUGUUGCAGUCCUGCACGCUCAGCUCCCACCAGGAGCUGGAAGCAGGAAUCCAGCCCCACCUGGGAUCCUGUGCAGCCAACAGCUCUGCAAAGACUGUCUCGGUGAGCCCUGCCCCCGGCACUGAGUCUGUAGACUAAAGUGAAGUGUAAGCACUGUCCUGAGAGCUCUAUUUUGUGUAUCACUUUCUCUGUGGGUGGUGACUUUGGUUUUGUGGUGACAAAUUUUCUUACUUUUUCUACCAUAUCUGUAUUUUCUUAGAACUACUACUGGACUCCAUGUGGUACAGGAGGCUGCCUAGCAGCUGCAAAAUAGCUUCAACUAUAAAUUUUCCACAACUGUGUUGCA